AUUGUGAAUCGUUCUUAUUGCUAAAAAAGUUUAGGAUAUUGAAAUUGGUAAUGGGGAAUAUCUUUUCUAGACUAUUUCAAAGAUUGUUUGGAAAUAAGGAAGUGAGAGUUUUAAUGGUUGGACUUGAUAAUGCGGGAAAAACUACACUAUUGUACCGAAUAAAAGAGGGUAGUAUGAUCAAAACAGUGCCUACCAUUGGAUUUAAUAUGGAACAAAUUGAAGUGAACAACUUGAAGAUGCAAGUAUGGGAUCUAGGAGGGCAAACGUCUAUUCGACCAUAUUGGCGUUCCUAUUAUCAGAAACAAGAAGCGCUUAUUUUUGUUGUAGAUAGUAACGAUAGAGAGCGAUUUUCAACGGCCAAAACGGAACUGCUGUCCAUUCUUCAAGAAGAAGAGUUGAAAAAUACAGUAAUUGCUGUAUUCGCAAACAAGCAAGACCUGCCUGAAGCUGCCAGUGCUGCCGAAGUCAGCUUGGCACUAGGUUUAGAUUCUAUCAAGGAUCGAACUUGGACUAUUAUUUCAACUUCUGCAGCUAAGGGAGAUGGAAUUGCAGAAGGAUUUGAAUGGUUUCUCAAUGCACUUUUCUCUCAUGUUAUACUAUACUUACACCUGUAUCCUUAGGAUAGCUUCACAACUGAAGCAUUGAAGUAAAUGAAGAAUAAUUUUU